AUGGUCAAGGUUUACUUCGUCUCUGCUGUGCUUGCCGUGGUUGCCCUGAAUGCAUCCGCCAACGCCGCUCCACUUGGUGGCACUGACACCGAUGUAUCUGCUGCAAUCUUCUCUCGUCCGCCAGUCGCUCACCCCUGGGGAUUCAACGCCGAUGUCUUUGGUCAUCUGCCAAAUGGUGUGAAGCACGUUCUCUUGGCCAGGUCUGGCAUUAUCCGUCGUGAUGACGAUGGGAACAUCACCGGCAACGACGAUGACCAUGCCAAUGGCAGCGAUGAUUAUGAUGCAAAACCCGCCCUAUCAACUCAGCCUGAGCCAGUCCUAGUAGCUCCUGCCGCUAUCCACCGUUGCCCGCAUCCCAAAGGGAAUACCAAGGACAACAGUGGUCACAGCAACGUUACAGACGAUGAAGAUGGCAAUAUUGAGCACCAGGGCGAUGUCAGGGACAUUUAUGUCAGUGGGGGUCAUGUCAGCGACGGCAAUAACGCAGGCAAUGAUACGGACAGCGGCAACUAG